GAAAAUAGCCGUAGUGGUUGUUAACGUAACCAUAUAAGUUGGAGAUAAGAAUGUCAGUCAGUGACCCGUUAAUUAAAGAUAUUAAAGGGCAUCUCCUGGCGCUCUUCAACGAGUCCAUGGGGACGAAAAUCACGGAUUCGAGUACGAAUUUGCACGGGUUUUGUCAGGAUUUGGAGAAGAUUUUCCAUUGUGGGUUGGUACAGAGUCAGGGGGCGUUUUAUGGGAGCAGGAAGAGUGACGCGUUCACUUGGAUGGGGACAAUACCUGGAGAUGGUACAACUUUGCUGGAGUUUAAGUAUAAGAGUAGCGUGGAGGAGGUGCAAGGUUGUAAGUGCGUAAGCACAUCCUUGGGGAAAUUUAGGUUGUUAGUAAGGCUCUGUUUGGUGAAAAAUUGUAUACAUUUCCCACUACAGUUUCUAAUCAACUCCAACAGAGCGCACUCAAUUUAUGAUAAAAACUCAAUCAUAGGGGACGAAAUUCUUGCCGCUAUAUUGUUAUCUGUGUUACUACAGUGUAGCAAAAUUACCUUCCAGCUGCAGAUUUUUAAUUCGUAUUUUCUGGACUCGACGUGGCAGAUACCGGAUCUUUUGAAACUAGAAGUCGUUCCUUGUAGUAGUUUGGGUAUUAGUAUUAGUUUUUCAGAGAAUAAGGCUGUCAUCGUCCACAUUGCUGGCAACAGCGUGGCUUCAGAAACUGCCGAAAUCUCCACCGGCGACGUCCUGGCCAAUUUAAACGGCGUCGACAUCAAUUCCUCCUGCAAGGGGCGUCUGAACGCCAUCCUGCGCCUCAAUAAAGGGCGGCCCGUCACCUUGGCCAUAAUUAAAGCGUUUCAUAAGGAUUCUAAUGAUGUUUUUCUGCCGAUGAAGAGCAUUCUGCGACACUUACAAAUCGAUUUAAUGAAAAUCACGAGUGGUCAGACUAGCGCGACUACGGCGGAAACGAGCGGGGUGUCAAUUAUCCAGAGCGCAAAAACAGGCUACAGGGGGACGUACCUGGGGUGCGUGGGAGUGGGCAGCAAGGGCAGUGUGAAGCAAAUCGAAGAAGCGAUAAGGCGGCGGUUGGGGAGGGGCGGCGAGAAAAAAGAAGUGGUUUUUGAAAUCGGGGAGAUGAGCAUUAAGAUAGUGGAUGCUGAGAGCAAUAAACCGCUGUUGAAACACUCGUACAUGCAGAUCUCGUCAUGUGGGUCUGCGGUAAAUUUGCCGAAUUAUGUGGCGUACAUAGCGGGCGAGGAAAAUUGCGACACGGCGUCCAAUUUCGUUUGUUAUAUUUUUCACGUCAAGGAUAUUGAAGAAGCCGCGGUUAUUUUACAAAGCAUAGUGUGUGUAUGAGUUUCAGGACAGGGAUUCUACAGGACCCAUUUUGCCGUUUAAUAAAUGUCUCACGGGAUGCGUUAUAUCUCCAAAUAAUCAAAAUUCAUGUAGAAACGUUUUUAAAAUAAACUGCCACCCGAAAACUGAGGUUGACUAGAAUGUUUUGUCGUUACAAGUGUUGAAUUUUAUUUUUUAAAUAAAUAAAUACAGUAAUGGAA